UGUGUGCUCUGUUUUGGGUUUUAGAAGAGAUUAGUUUUAAGAAAAUAGUUUGAUUUCUGUUAAUUCAACUAUCUACUUUUCUUUUCUAAAGUAAAUAUUUAUCUUCUUUUUUCCUUUUUGGUUAAAAGAGGCUGAAUUGGUGCCAGUUCUAUUCUCUCAAUUAAGUUUUUUUUUUUAAAAGAAGUCAAUUUUCGUAUAUUAUAUUUUUAACAAGUCAACAAAUUCUCAAUUUCUGAUGAAUUUUCGCCCAAAUAUUGGAUCUUUCGUGUGUUUAUAUGUUUUCUUUAGAGUAAUGAGCUGUUCAGUUAUUUUAUUUUUCUAGAGCUAUUCAAGUUUUGAUUGUUCAAAACUUGAGAAAACUAAGAAUAAGACAUCUUUUUGCUUUAUUUUUUGCCCCUUUUUGUUUUUCUUUGCCUAUUAGAAAUUGGGUGAAAUAAAUCUUGGCUUUCUCUUUAAAAGUUUUAACCUUGCUAAUUUUGUGGUAGUUUUCGAGGAAAAUUAAUUGUCUGGUUUCUGGGGUUUUCUGGAUUUAGCAGGCAACAGAAGCUUGGUGACAAUAUAGAGUAUUUUUUCAGCUCUUUCUGAUUUUAAAAGGACAAAGUUUUUCUUGUGGUGUUUGGUGGAGUAGAAACUGUAAAUGGAGGCUAGAGUUUCGCAGAGCCUUCAGUUGUCGUCAUGGAUUAAUUCGGAUAAGGUAGUAAGGAAACCCGGUGGUUGCUUGCGUUUCUCUGAGAAAUGGAAUGAAAAACUGAUGCAUCGUACAGUCAUAUCCUGCCAUUUACAGCCUAGAAAAGCUAAUAGACGAGUAGCAUUGAAGGUUUCAUGUUCUUCUCAUAAUGUUCAAGCUUCAGUUCUGGAUUCUGAAUGUAUUACUGCAUCAACUGAUGAAAUCGAGACACUGAAGAAUAAAUCAGAAGAGGUUAAAGAAUAUCUAGAUGGACGAUGUAUUUACCUCGUUGGAAUGAUGGGCUCUGGCAAAACAACUGUGGGCCGGAUUUUGGCAGAAACACUGGGAUAUUCCUUUUUUGACUGUGAUAGGCUGAUAGAGCAGGCUGUUGGUGGAACUACUGUAGCUGAAAUCUUCAAGCUUCGUGGAGAGAGCUUCUUUAGGGACAAUGAGACGGAGGUAUUACACAAGCUGUCUGCGAUGCAUCGGCUUGUUGUUUCAACAGGUGGAGGUGCAGUUGUUCGUCCCAUUAAUUGGAGACAUAUGCACAAGGGUAUUAGUGUUUGGUUAGAUGUUCCUUUAGAUGCUUUGGCCAAGAGAAUUACUGCUGAAGGAACUAAAUCUCGCCCCCUAUUACAUGAAGAAUCAGGAGACAUUUAUGAUAAAACUUUGAAGCGGUUAACUACUUUAAUGGAGACAAGGGGUGAAAAUUAUGCCAAUGCAAGUGCCAAGGUUUCACUAGAAAAUAUUGCAGUGAAAAGGGGAAAAGAUGUCUGCCAUGUUACACCUACUGAAAUUACUCUAGAGGUUCUUAUACAAAUUGAGAACUUCCUAAAGAAACAAGAGAGCGUAGUUGUGCUAUAAGAUUUUUUACUUCCCAAUUGAGGGCGAGCUAGGCGGUUUGAUGCUCUGCUUUGGUGUUUGCUUUCUUGAUGAGGAGACAAGGCCACGAUUUUUGGUGUUUGAAACACUUGAGGAAUUAGUAAUGUUUUUCUAUUAUGCACUGGAUAUCUAAUUGUACAUAAUCAAAAACCUGUUGUUGGAAAGUUGGAAGUGUUGUGUAUCUUAAACCUUCGAUUGUUGUAUGCUAAGAACGAGGACGCAGUAAUUUAUUUGUUAUUUUAACAGAAUUAAGUAUCCAUAAUUCACGAUAUAUAGGGAGAAUGAACACAUGAUUUAAGUGUAUUUUGCUGGACGUAAUGCUGAAUGAACUAAUUUUUAUUACA